UAGAUUGGGGAAUGGGUGGAGAGAUGUGACAGAAUAUCGUCCGGCAUUUUUACUCAGUCCGUCCAGUUCGAUCGGCAACGGGAGCGGAGAAAGGAAAGCGGAGAGCCCGAAGGCAGCAGCCCCCACCACCGCCGGCCCAGGUUACCAUCUAGCACCGGGAAAACACACUAGAGAGCCACCGCCGGCUUUACCAACAAGAAAACAACAUGAGCAGCGAGGCCGAGACACAACAGCCGCCGCAGCCUGCCGCCGACGCGGAGAGCCCGUCCAGCCCGGCAGCCGCAGCUACCGCGGGGGAUAAGAAGGUCAUCGCAACAAAAGUUUUGGGGACAGUGAAAUGGUUCAAUGUAAGGAACGGCUACGGUUUCAUCAACAGGAAUGACACAAAGGAAGAUGUCUUUGUGCAUCAGACCGCCAUUAAAAAGAACAACCCCAGGAAAUAUCUCCGUAGCGUUGGGGACGGAGAGACUGUGGAGUUCGACGUGGUAGAAGGGGAGAAGGGGGCUGAGGCAGCAAAUGUUACCGGCCCGGGUGGCGUUCCUGUGCAGGGUAGUAAGUAUGCAGCUGACAGGAACCGUUACAGGCGGUACCCACGCAGGAGGGCCCCACCUCGCGACUACCAGGAGAACUAUCAGAGCGACCCUGAGGCAGAGCCCCGGGAGAAGAGAGAGGGGGCAGAGAGCGCCCCCGAGGGGGAGAUGCAGCAGCAGCAGCGCAGACCCACUUACCCCGGCAGACGGCGCUACCCACCAUACUUCGUGCGGAGGCGUUACGGCAGACGCCCCCCCUACACCAACUCACAAAGAGGAGAGAUGACAGAGGGUGGUGAAGGUGAAGAGAACCAAGGGGGUCCAGACCAGGGCAACAAACCAAUGAGGCAGAACUACUACAGAGGCUUCCGACCAAGGGGUCCCUCACGUCCCCGGCCAGUGCGGGACGGAGAGGAGGAUAAGGAGAACCAGAGCGAGAGCGGACAGAACCAGGAGCCCCGUCAGCGCCGCUACCGUCGCAACUUCAACUACCGCCGCAGACGCCCCCAGACAACCAAGCCUCAGGACGGCAAGGACAGCAAGGCAGCCGACGCAUCAGCCGACAAAUCAGCCGCUCCCGAAGCCGAACAGGGCGGAGCAGAUUAAACCGCCACCGGCUUAAACAUCCAGACCAUCCGGCCGGUUUUGUCAAGAAGAAACAUCCAACAUCUGAGCAAUAAGAAACAGAUAUGACUUCGAUCGUCUAAGCUUGCAAAAAUGCAUUUCGACCAGAUUACCACCGAUUGCCUGCAGACUCUAUGCAGACUUUUUUUUUUGUUUGUUUUGUUUUUCCAUUAUUUUUGUGACAGCUAAAACUUUUGGGGAAACAGCAGAUGUUUUUCUAAAUCGGUCUUAAGUUUUUACACCAAAUGGUUUUUAAAUGUAAUUUGAUAUCUGGUCAGUUUGACAUUUUUAAAUAACUUUUUAUGUAUCCAAACAUGAAUUUUAACAAAAGGCAAGCUGAAAUAAAAACCAGAAACAUUAA